AUGGGUAUUAAGGAAACACUACUUCGACAUGGGUUCACCUUUGAAUCUGAAACAGAUACAGAAGUGAUACCCAAGCUUGCGAAAUUUGUUUUUGAUAAAGCAAAUGAAGAAGGCGAUCGAACUGUCACAUUUAGUCAAGUUGUGCUUGAAGUGAUGAGGCAUCUUGAGGGAGCCUAUGCUCUCAUUUUUAAAAGCCAACAUUAUCCAAACGAAUUGAUUGCUUGCAAACGUGGUAGUCCGUUGCUCCUUGGUGUCAAAGAGUUUGGUGAAGACAUUGGCAACAGCUCAUCCUUCCAUGAUGUCAAAUUCCAAGCAAAGAGUGAACAGCCCAAAGAAUUCUUCUUAUCCAGUGAUGCUAAUGCUUUAGUUGAACACACUAAAAAGGUCCUGGUAGUUGAGGAUGGUGAAAUUGUUCACGUGAAGGAUGGAGCUGUAUCAAUCUUUAAGUUUGACAAUGGCAAAGGAAAACGAAGUGGUGGUCUUGCUAGGCCUGCUUCUGUGCAGCGUGCAUUAUCAAUUCUUGAGAUGGAGGUUGAACAAAUACAUAAAGGAAAAUAUGAACAUUACAUGCAGAAAGAAAUUCAUGAACAACCAGAAUCUUUAACAACUACAAUGCGAGGAAGACUUAUACGUGGAGGUUCGUGCAAGGCAAAGACAGUCCUUUUGGGUGGAUUGAAGGAUCACUUGAAAACUAUUAGGAGAAGCAGGCGAAUCAUUUUCAUUGGCUGUGGCACAAGCUAUAAUGCAGCUUUAGCUGCAAGACCAAUAUUGGAAGAACUUUCUGGUAUUCCUGUUACCAUGGAGAUUGCUAGCGAUCUUUUGGAUAGGCAGGGACCAAUUUACAGAGAGGAUACGGCUGUAUUUGUUAGUCAAUCUGGAGAAACUGCAGAUACAUUAAAUGCAUUGGAGUAUGCCCUAGAAAAUGGUGCAUUAUGUGUAGGUAUUACCAAUACUGUUGGUAGUGCAAUUGCUAGGAAGACACAUUGUGGUGUCCAUAUAAAUGCUGGUGCUGAGAUUGGGGUGGCCAGUACCAAGGCCUACACCAGUCAAAUAGUAGUGAUGGCUAUGCUGGCCCUAGCAAUUGGAGGUGAUGCAGUAUCCAGUCAAGCAAGAAGGGAGGCUAUAAUAGAAAGCCUCUUUGAAUUGCCAAGGGCCUUGAAAGUGAAGGAGGUGGCGCUUAUGCACAGUGAAGGAAUACUAGCGGGUGAAAUGAAACAUGGUCCUCUUGCCCUUGUGGAUGAAAAUCUUCCAAUUUUUGUUAUUGCCACUCAUGAUGCUUGUUUCAGCAAACAACAGUCAGUUAUUCAGCAACUUCAUGCCCGCAAAGGGCGACUGAUUGUGAUGUGCUCAAAAGGUGAUGCAGCAUCUGUGACUGUGGGUGGUUCCUGUAGAGUAAUUGAAGUCCCUCAAGUUGAAGACUGCCUUCAACCAGUAAUUAACAUAGUUCCAUUGCAGUUGUUAGCUUAUCACCUCACUGUUCUUCGGGGCUUCAACGUGGACCAGCCUCGCAAUCUUGCGAAGAGUGUGACAACCGAAUGA